CAUCAAUUUACGACCGUGAGAUGGAAGCGAUAACAACCACUUCAGAUUCAUUUUCUUACCUUUUCAGCGUGAAAUCUGAUUUAAUUAGUGUUUAGUGAAUGGUGUGAGAUGACUCGUGCCGUGUUCCUUCUGCUCGUUUUGGCAGCGACGGCCCUAGCCUACAAGAGGAACAACAGGCAUUGCAGAAGAAACAUCAACGCGAUUGACUUCACAGUCAAUAAUGCAUACUGUGAACAACCGUUGUUUGUGACAUUUGUACAACGGACUGAGGAAAAUUUAGUACUUGACAACGUUUGCUAUACUUACUUCCCACUGCCAGACGACCCUGAAACGUUUCAGGUCUAUGAAGCUAAAGUCUAUUGCGACGGCUCUCUAGAAAUUGCAUCUUUCAUAGGAACUGUUUUCGAGCGAGGUGUCUCGAAGUAUGGCUCUCCCUACUGCACCUACACGGACACCGUGUUUGGCUAUGCAGGGUGUGACACUUACCUCGUGUAUAGGUGCUUCGAGUAUGGAGACUGUGACGGAGUGGACCAUCAACUAAUCUUCGGGGUGUCCUCGAGUUGUACGACAAUUGGACUAUCUUGUCUCCGGAAGGUGGAAGAGAUCGUGGAUGAAAACAAGAUCAAGAACCACGAGUACAUCGUGCUGCCGAUGAAACUUCCCAACAAGUGCGUCACCCAACAGCUGUGCUUGACCCCGGAGAAUCCUUUCUUCAACCACAUGCCUGGCCAUCGAAGCCGCCACGAACUCUAACCCCAGCCUAGUACGGAAACGUAUUGAUUUCUGACACAUUUUCGUAUCUUUUUAGUAGCCGAAGAUCGUUGAAUUGGUUAAGAAAAUGAAAAUGUUGAUUUUUGUAUAGUAGUAAUAAGAGCUUUUUCUACUUAAGAGGACAAGCAAUUUUGUAACGAUUGUGUCUCAUUUUAGUGAUGGAAUGCGUAUACCUCAACCAUAGAUAAUUUAUUAACUUUUCAUGCAGACCAUUUUUUUUUAUUAAAAAAGUCUCAUUGGAUCUCGAUAACCUUAUUGUAUAUUUAGACUUAUUCAGUAUACAUACUUUCACUAAAUGCAAAUACUUAUUGGUUGUAUUUAUCGCCACUGUAAAACCAACAAAUAAAAUAUAUAUUUAUUCAA